UUUUCUUCCCUUGCCUCCUCAUCAUCUACAAUGGCAUCCAAUAUCCUCCAAAUCCCAUUCCGGCGCUCUCACACUGUCUCCCUGUCGGAUGCUAUCACUCAAUACAUCUCCACCAAAUAUGAUCAGCGUCCGGAUAUGUUCGCAGAUGAUCUUUUGAUCAUCGAUCGUCUGCGAACAGAAGCCAUCAAUGUCCAGGAACCCCACAUCAGCGGGAUAAGCAGACUUGUUACGUACGCCGCGCAGCUCAAAUGGCUGGGCGGGAAGUUCCCAGUCGAUAUCGGUGUUGAGUUCCCGUGGUACCCCGCGUUUGGGUUCAAUACAUCACGACCGAUCUCGCAGAACAACAUUCGUUUCGAACUUGCGAAUAUCCUAUUUAAUUUAGGAGCCUUGUACUCUCAGCUAGCGUUCGCAUUGAACCGGACGACCCCCGAUGGACUCAAGCAGGCCUGCAACUACUUCUGUCAGGCGGCUGGUGUCCUGAGCCAUCUCCGAAAAGAUAUUCUCGCCGAUCUUCGAACAUCGCCUCCGGAGGAUAUGGAUGAGAUGACUCUCGAGAGUUUGGAAAAGCUCUUGCUGGCGCAGGCCCAGGAGUGCUUCUGGCAAAAGGCCGUGAAGGACGGGCUGAAGGAUGCGUCUAUCGCCCGUCUCGCGGCCAAGGUCUCUGACUUCUACGCGGAUUCUGGGGACUGCGCAGUCAAAUCUAACGCUAUAAGUCCGGAGUGGAUCCACCAUAUGACGGCCAAGCACCACCAUUUUGCUGCUGCGGCACAAUAUCGGCAAUCGCUGGACUGUCUGGAGAAGCGCAAAUACGGCGAGGAGGUUGCCCGCCUGAGAGAUAGUGUGGCAUGUGUUAAUGAGGCACUGAAAGAAUCCCGCUGGAUUAACCGGACCGUGUUGGGGGAUCUGAACGGAUUGAAGAGCCGUGUGACGGAGGACUUGAAACGCGCGGAGAAGGACAAUGACGUGAUAUACCUCAACCCUGUGCCGCCCAAGUCAGAACUCAAGACGGUCGAACGUGCCAGUAUGGUAGCAGCCAAAGCUCCGUCCCAGGUGACAGACGCUAUAUCUAUGCUCGGGGACAAUGGGCCUCUAGGACAGCCGCUGUUUUCGAAGCUGGUCCCGUAUGCCGUGCACAUCGCAGCCAGUAUUUAUUCGGACCGUCGCGAUCGACUGGUGAAUGAAAAUGUCAUUGGAGAGUUGGAGACUAUGACAGACAAGCUGAGAGAAUUACUGUCAUCGUUGAAUCUCCCAGGUUCUUUGCAGGCGCUGGAAAAGCCACUUGGGCUGCCCCCAACUCUUGUGUCGCAUGCGGAAGAAAUGCGACAGCAAGACGGCUUGUACCGGCUACGAAGGUCCCUUGAAGAUACGGCCAAAGUAAAAACAAACGACAUGGCCGUAUAUAACGAGGGAGUCGAAAUUCUAGCAGCAGAAAAGGCCGAGGACGAUGCGUCUCGCAUGAAAUAUGGAACUGAUCGGUGGAGUAGACAGUCAUCUGAGGCCGCAAACCCGAAGGUCUACAACACGGCCAAGGAGAUUAACGGCUACUUCACAUCGGCCCAGAGCAGUGACAAACUAGUCGAGCAGAAGCUUAAGGGCUCUGAAGUUGUAUUCCGGGUACUGACAGGCACUAACCGAGAUCUGGAGAUGUACGUGCCCAGCAGCCGGAGGCCUGCCAUCACGCCAGAGGUGGAGCGGGAGUCUGUUCGCCUUCGCAGCUGUUUGAGCGAAGUCAGUCGGUUGGAAAACAGAAGGAAGAGAAGGGCGCUAGCUUUGAAGGAUAAAUGCAAGUCGGAUGACAUCAGUCAAGCACUACUCAAGGAGACCGCUCGCUUGGAACGCGAAUUCCCGAUGCAAACGAUUCAGGCGAGUCAUUUCGAAGAACUAUUCGAGGAGCAGUUGCAUCUAUAUGACCCGGACCUGGAGAUGGUUACACAAGAGCAGCAUGACCAGGACCAGAUCGCUGCACAGGUGCGCGAAGCCAACCGUGCGUUCACAAGGGCGCACACUGGCGAUGCAUCGACCAAGGAGCGCGAGAAGGCGCUGCAGGAAUUGGAGAAUGGAUAUUUGAAGUAUAAGGAGAUAAUUUCCAACAUUGAGGUUGGGCGGAAGUUCUACAAUGACUUGGCCAAGAUUGUUGGCAGGUUCCGUGACGACUGCAAGGCCUUUGUGAACCAGCGAAGGAUGGAAGCGAGUCAAAUCGAGGGUGAAAUUUCUAGCGUCGCUGCGAUGGCGUCACUCAAUAUUUCACAACCGCGUCUUCGCCAGCCGACGUUCAGCCCUGCUGCCCUUCCCCCUCAACCUCCACAACCACAACCGCAACCUCAGGUCCCGGUGAGAGCUUCAUCACCGGAGGAACCCCUGACAGCACCGCAGCCGACCAGAGCGCCUGUUGCUCCCCCAGCAGUUCCAACGCCGGGAAUGUGGACGCCCGAGAUGGGAAUUCGAUUUGGAGGCGCACCAGCAAGUGGAAGACAACCGGGCAAAUGGGAUCCUAGCCAGGGGGUGAGGUUCUCAUAA